AGCAGCAGCGGGGGGGGGCGGGGGUCAAAGAUACGCAGAGAGACGGGCUGCUGGUGGCCAAGAUGGCGGAUGGGGACAGUGGCAGCGAGCGCGGCGGAGGAGGCAGCAGCAGCGGAGGAGGAGGAGGAGGAGGUGGAGGAGGAGGCGGCGGGUUCCAGCACUACCAGCGGGAAGCGGAGACCCAGGAGCUGGCGUCGAAGCGGCUCGACAUCCAGAACAAACGCUUCUAUCUGGACGUGAAGCAGAACGCCAAAGGCCGGUUCAUUAAGAUCGCCGAGGUGGGCGCCGGCGGCUCCAAGAGCCGGCUCACCCUCUCCAUGUCGGUGGCCGCGGAGUUCCGGGACUACCUGGGGGACUUCAUAGAGCACUACGCCCAGCUGGGGCCCAGCACCCCGGAGCAGAUCGCCCAGUCCUCCGGGGGGGAGGACAGCGGGCCUCGACGGGCCUUGAAGAGCGAGUUCCUGGUGCGGGAGAACCGCAAAUACUACCUGGACCUGAAGGAGAACCAGCGGGGGAGGUUCCUGCGCAUCAGGCAGACCGUCAACCGGGGCCCCGGGUUCGGAGUCGGCGUGGGGGGCAUCCCCGGGGCGGGCCUGCAGGCCGGACAGACCAUCGCGCUCCCGGCUCAGGGCUUGAUAGAGUUCCGCGACGCCUUGGCCAAGUUGAUAGACGACUACGGGGGAGAUGAGGAGGAGCUGGCCGGGGGAGGAGCAGGAGGAGCCGGGGGCUUCAGCGGGGAGCUCCCGGAGGGAACCUCCAUCAUGGUGGACUCCAAGAGGUUCUUCUUCGACGUGGGCUCCAACAAGUACGGGGUCUUCUUGCGGGUGAGCGAGGUGAAGCCCAGCUACAGGAACUCUAUCACCAUCCCCCUCAAGGCCUGGGGCAAGUUCGGAGGAGCCUUCAGCAGGUACGCAGAGGAGAUGAAGGAGAUCCAGGAGCGGCACCGGGACAAGAUGUACGAGAGGAGAACCGGAGAGGAGUCGGAGGGGGAGGACGUGGACGACGAUUGAUGAAGAGGAGGAGGAGGCUAUAAGUUGUGAUGAAGAGCUGACAACAUGAUGCAAGCAGCCAGAGAGAGGAAGAGGAGCCACUAUUCUGUGCAUGACGAAUCCAACUUUAAAAAGCUACAACUACGGAGUAAAAAUUACAAAAAAAAGUAUCUUUUUGACUGAGAAAUACCUGUCUAUAUAAGAGAAUCAUGUCCUAAAGUUUAGCUGGAUGUUAAAUAGUUAUAAUGGACUGCAGCAGUCAGCUCCUGUAUGAGAUUCCCCGUUGAUAUAUAUCAAUUUAAAUAUAUAUCUAUUUACAUCUAUAUACCGUCACCCUGUUAAAAUAAUCGCCUCAUUUUUUCAAGUUUUGCAGGAAAAACUUCACAAAGUGUAACUCAGAGAUGGGCAACUUAAAUGCUGGACCAUGCACUUAAUCAAAUAUGAUGAAACUGUAAUUUUAAAUAUGUUUACAGUGCAUUAACUUAACAUAUUUCAUGCUCAAAUGCAUGUUUAACAGUAUAAAUAGGAAUACAAAAGGUUUGAAGCAAGGAAAAAAAUAACUUACUGUGUUUCUUUGUUUUUUUUUAAUGCAAAAAAAGCAGAACAACAUUAAUUGCAAGAAGUAAUUUUGUGCAUUUUUACACUGCACUUUUAAGAUUUCAUGCUCAAAUGCAUGUAGUUGUACUGAGGGCCACUUCAAGUGAGGGUGAGGGCCGUAUGUGGCCCCCGGGCCUCCAGUUGCCCAUCCCUGGUGUAACAUAUGACAUUUAUUGAUCAUUUCACUCUAAAAAGAUGUAACACUGUGUGUAAAUUAUGUAACUUAAAUGACUUAGGCAAUAUUUUUGAACAUGCAAGAUAUGGUAACACGUUAUUUUGAAGCCUGUCAUAAACAUGACAUGACAAGUAUUAUGAGCAUUAAUGCUACUUCAAAGUGUCAUUAAUGUUCAUGACACAUCCCAUGUCAUGUUUAUGACACGCUCAUGUCACUCUUAUGUAGACACCUUCAAAAUAAAGUGUUACCAAAUCUUGCAUG